AUGGCCGGCCAGCACCGUAUCCAGGCGCUCCGCGAGUACGUCAAGGAGACGGGCGCACCAGGCUCCGACCUAUGGUGGGCGUGCGAGCUGUAUGACAAAGACCGCCUGCCGCGCGACCUGAACGUCAAGCUCCGCGUCAACAGGCGCGAUCCAAGCCUGCCCGACAAUCACGGGCAGAUCUGGACGCAGCUUGCGUCCAUCGCCUGCAUAGGAGGGCAGGCAGACGGACAGCUAGGCGGGGAGGACGCCGCCGUAGACCAGCACGUCGUCGAGGCACUCCGCCUCGGCGGCGAGAAGCAUUUCCCAACGCGGAGGCUCGUUACGUUGUGGAACCACCAGAGAUGGCGGCCUGUCACGACGCAGUGCCUCCGCAUCGACGAGUACUGGAUUGAUGCCCUUAACGAGGUUCUCAGCGUUUUAGCCGACCUACCCGCGGACGAGCAGGUCUACAUCACGCCCGCCGACUGGGACAGGCUCUCAAACUUGCCAAGCCGCCCCCGAUAUUACGAGCGUAUUCUACACGUCCGGACAGCAGCAGGCGGGGCUUGA